UAUCAUGGUUGGUACGCAGACUAGUGCACAGGAGCACUAGUAUUUAAGCUGAUGAGUAGAACUCCGCAGAAGAAAGCAACCCCAUGAGAUCGCCACAAGUUUAUAAUAAGCUCAUAAAAGAGUAAUUCAACUUCGAAAAAGAAGAAAGCCAGGCUCCUUUUAGAUCUCACUCAUGGCGAUAGCCGUAAGCUCCUUGACCUCCGGAUCCUUGGCGCCAUACAGUCCGGAGGUUUCUCGGCAACGACGGGGCUCACUAGUGUCUGCAUCGCCUCGUCGCCGGCAAGCCGUCGCCGGCAUAGCGAUCAAGUCGCGGGGCAUCAACCGUGUCCAGCCGACGACCAGAGGAGCAACACAGAUCCCCGCAGCCGCAGCCGGUUCAAGCUCCUCUGGAGACCGACCAGGAGGAAACUUCCCAGUUCCCAACGUGCCUUCAUGGGUCAAGUUGCUCGUCGGCGUCUUCUUUGCUGCAGUGCCUCUUUACAGACAGAUGAGAGCCCUGGAAGAUAAGGUGGAGCAGACGGCAGAAGUUGCAAUUGAGGUGGUCGAAAAAGUGGCUGAGGCGGCUGAGAAAAUUGCUGAUGAUGUAUCUGAAGCAUUUCCCGGUAAUGAUAACCUCAAAAAGGCAGCAUCCAGGAUCAAGGCCGUCGCAGAUGAAAUUGAGAAGGACGCAGAGAAAGCCGAGGCCCUAAUUGAGAAGGUCGAUGAGAUAGAGAAAGAGAUGGAUUCCGUAGUGGAUUCUGUAAUUGAGAAGGUCAAGAAGGAGAGAUCAUUGAGAAAGAACUCCGUGAGAGGAGACGAUGUCAAUAGGAAACAGAAGUAACACUUACUAUUAGUAGGUGUUAACAGAGUAUCGAGGCAAAAUGCAGAUAUUACUUUGUACUAUUCUUUUCCCUGUUUAAGAUCAUCACGGACCGGAUUCCCGAUUCCAUUUCAUAGAAACCAAACCAAUGUUCAAGCACAAGGCUAACGCUUAUCCGACUUUGAACUAUUUUCGUAAGUGGUAGCUUUAUUGGACCACUUUUAGCCUCCCAUUAGGGACGAAAUGGUUAGCUGCAAUGUCUGUUCUUUGAUCAGAAAGCGUCGCAUUUGAAUGAUGGUCUUGCAUCCAUCAAAGCUUGCCGAGGAACAGUCUACACUUGUGUACCAAGAACAAUCCAUGACAUUAUAUUAUGUGCUUGAAUUUUAAUU